UUGAAGACAGUUGUGACUUAAAUAAACAGAGAAGUUAACGAACUAUAAUAAAUAAAAUUCAAAAGAUAGAAAAUUUAUAUUAAAAGAAAAAGCUUUCAAUAAUAAGAAGAGAAAUUAUUAAAUAAUUUGGAAAAAUGAUUGAACGUUGGGAAAAUCAUAUUGCAGUUGUUACUGGUGCUGGUACACAAAUUGGUCAAGCAAUCGUCAAAUAUUUAUUAAAUGCAAAAUUAAAAGUUGUUGCAAUUGAAAAACGUUUAGAACGUAUCGAAAACUUAAAAUUAGAAUUACCAAAAAAUCUUCAAGAUAAACUAUAUCCAAUUAAAUGUGAUGUAUCAGAUCAAUUUGAUGUUAAAAAAAAUUUUGAUUGGAUUGAAAAGAAUUUGGGUGGUGUACAUGUUUUAAUAAAUAAUGCUGGUAUCGUUAUUAAUGGUUGUGUUGAUUUUAAUAUGAAAACUGAUGUUAUGAGUAUUAUGCAUUGUACUAAAGAAGCAUUUAAAUCAAUGAAAACUCAUAAAUUUAAUGGUUAUGUAUUUUUAAUAAAUACAUUAGCAGCUGAUCAUUUAAUUAAUAUACCAAAUCGUAGUUAUAAUGUAUAUGCACCAUCGAAAUAUGCUGUUACUGAAUUAACAAAAAUUUAUCGUCAAGAAUUUCGUAAUAUGGGUACAAAUGUACAAAUAACGGUUGUAACACCAUCUGCUGGACGUACAACUUUAAUAACAGAUUCUUGUACAAAAUUAAUUGAAAAAGAAGAACAACAACGUGCAAAUGAUAUUGCAGAUGCUGUUGUUAUGGCAUUAGCAACACCAGAAUAUAUUAAAGUAGAUGAAAUAUUUGUUAAACCACCGAAAAUGGAAAAUUAAAAACAUUAAAAAUAUUUAAUUUAAAUAUGCAGGCAUAUUUAUGGUGCGUGAAUGAAUUUAACAAUAUUGUAUGGGGUUAAUUUAAGUUUUAAGACUGGCAUAUUACAAAAAAAAAAAGAAUUAUGUAUUAUUAUUUAUUAUUAUUAUUGUAGUUAUUAUUAGGCUCAUUAUUAUUUAAUUUGAUAUUAUAUAAUACGUGAGCAUAUAUAUUAUGUAAUUUAUGAGUGUUUAUAUUGAAAAAUAAAUAUUCUUGAAUAAAA